CACACGAGAUCCCAGUCCAAACACUGUCCAUGUGACUCCAACAGUUGCUUAAAAAGCGUCUUCAGUGUCAAGAGGAAGCAUCAUUUGUGUAUCAAAAUGGCUAAGAUUCGUCCACUAACUCCGGAGCUGUUGAAGGUAGCCACAGAGGAGCUCAAUGAAGUGCCAGAGAGGAUUGAGAAGGAUCUGGAAUCACUCAGAGAUUGGUUGGCUAAGGAACCGCACAUAACAUCUCGAACAGAUGAUCAAUUUCUCGUGGCUUUUCUACGGAACUUCAAGUACAGCCUGGAGAAGAGUAAGGAAAUGAUUGACUCAUAUUACUCAGUGAGAAGUGCAAUACCGGAGAUGAGGAAGGAUCGCGACCCAAUAAGUGAGAGGAACAGACAAAUCGUUAAAACUGGAUACUCUCUACCGCUGCCAAAAUGCACUCCAAGUGGACCAAGAAUCUACUUGAAUAGGAUCAGUGUCUUUGAUCCCAACAAGUUUUCCAUAUUAGAAAUUCUCAAAGUGGCUAGUAUGAUGAACGAUGUUGCAAUAAUGGAUGACGAUAAUGCAGUAAUUUCGGGACAUGUAGACAUCAUGGAUAUCAAGGAUCUAACUUCCGCCCACUACAUGGCAUUUACUCCAAGCGUGCUCAAAAAACUAAUCCUUAUUGCCCAACAAGCUACACCAUUGCAUCAAAAGGAGAUCCACUACCUCAACUUGCCUUCCUCCAUGAUGACCCUGUUCAAUAUCUUCAAGAAGUAUCUGACAGAACAGAAUGGUGUCAAAGUGUACGUUCACGCCAAUCUUGAGUCUCUACAAGCGGCAAUUUCAAAAGAUAUUCUUCCGGAAGAGUAUGGUGGUACAGGGGGCAAAAUUGCUGAGAUAACAGCCGAGUGGGAACGGAAAUUACUGGAAAAGAGGCAGUGGUUUCUGGAAGAUGAAAAGUAUGGAACAGACGAGAAAAAGAGAGCGGGAACACCCAGAACACCAGAGUCUCUAUUUGGCUUCGAGGGAUCAUUUCGCCAACUGGAGUUCGAUUGAUUGGAAGUGUAUUAUCUUUAUUGAACUUGAUAAGACUAAUUCAGCUCUAUGUACACACGAAUUUGAGAGUAAUUAUUACAUUGCUCAACAAAAUGAUUCCUUAUAAAAACUAAUUUA